AUGAUUCCGCAAAAUUUGGAAGAAAAUCUUCAAUAUCGUGAACUACAUUUAAGACCUAUGAAUUUUCAAAGAAAUAUACUGGGUACACGGGAUUUUUUGAAUCGUCUCGGCCAUAGUAAAACACUGAAAGGUCAUGAAGGAUGUGUGAACUGCUUACAGUGGAAUACUUCAGGAAGCCUGUUGGCAAGUGGUUCUGAUGAUAUGCAGAUUCGUUUGUGGAAUGUGGAAGGUAAAGCUUUGCACUGUAUCAAAUCCGGCCAUAUGAAUAAUAUAUUUUCGGUACAGUUUUUACCCAGUGGAAGCGACGACUUACUUAUAAGUGCUGCAGGUGAUAGUAAUGUUAGAAUGCAUUCGAUUGCCCGCUCUGAUGUGCCUUACGUGUGGUGGUCUGGUGGUCGCGUAAAACGUUUGGCUAUAACACGCGCUGAUCCAUAUCUAUUUUGGUCUGCUGCGGAAGAUGGUUACAUCAAGCAGUAUGAUGUUCGCACUGCUAAAGCUAUAAGUUUAAUUAAAUUUGAUCAGAAAGAAUGUAAAUCAUUGGCAAUAAAUGAAAAUCGUCCGGAAAUGAUUGCGGUUGCAUUAAAUGAAGCCCCUGUUCCCCUUUAUGAUCGACGGAAUGUCUCGGAACCAUUAUUUACUGUUAUUCCAGGUCACAUUCCAAUUUCUGAUUCAUCCUCGCGUCACGCGUUCAGAACAUUAUCGGUAACCCAUGUUGGUUUCAAUUCUUUAGGCAAUGAACUUAUUGUUAAUAUUGGUGGCGAACAGAUUUACAUAUUUAAUGUUUUUGAUAGAGCACACGAGCCAGAUGCAUUGCAGUCACUUAACAGUUUCAUUGAUGAUCCUGUUCGAAAUUUGUUGGACACCAGUGGUUUUCCUGGCUUUGAAAAAACAACAACAGAAGUUUUUAGAAGAGAGCGUGAGCAAGCAAAAAUUCAUUUUAAUAAUAAAGAAUAUACUGAUGCAAUUGAUACAUAUAGUCGGACAAUUCUCGAUUGUGAAAAAUUGUGCGGGCACAAUCCGCCACGUAGGCAUCCUCAUUCUAUGGAUUUAUGUUUGCUAUUAGCAAAUCGUGGGGCAAGCUAUCUACGAAGGUUGUGGGAUGGCGACGCGUAUGCUGCACUAUUAGAUUUGAUACGGGCUCUCAAAAUUGAACCGAGAAAUAGUAAAGUACAUUAUCGGAUUAUCAAAGCCCUAAUUGAACUAAAACAAUAUGAUAUGGCAAGAAAAAUUUCAAAAUUAUUCAAGGAACGUUUUCCGGUUGACCAUUCUUGCGAUAGAUUGGAUGCUGUGUUGCGAACUGAUCCUGCGGGACAGAAAAAUUGGACUUCAAAUGGUUGUUCAGAUUACGUUCAGCGCUUAUGUGGACAUUGUAAUACCAAUACUGAUAUAAAAGAAGCUGUUUGGUUUGGUGGUAGAGAUGAAUAUAUUGCCGCAGGCAGUGACUGUGGUUCAUUAUUGAUUUGGGAGAGAAAAUCGGGUGCUUUGAUAAAAGGGUUUGAAGCGGAUAUGAAUAUUUUGAAUUGCGUACAGCCUCAUCCAUCAAUUUUGUUGCUUGCAACUUCCGGAAUUGAACACGUCAUUCGGUUUUGGCAGCCACUUGAUGAAGAUUUUCGAAGGGAUAACAGAGAAACUGGACGUGAAUUACACCGUCUUACGGAUCUUUCGGCAGCAAAUCAGAAACGAAUGCAUACAGGUAUAUUCGAUAUGGUAGUUGCAUCAAUAGGACUAGCUGUGCAAGGUGGUGACGAUGAUGACGUUGAACGUGGAAGGCGGAUCGGUUGUAAUGCAAGUUAG